AUGUUCCGCUCCACCAAGACCCGUCAGUAUGUGUGCUGGUGGUGUCUCAAUGAUCCUUACAAUACCUUGAGGAGAUCCCCAUUCCUAGGGCUUGCUUGGGGAGCUGGCAACCCACGUGUAGUAAAACAAAGGCCGUUCACAUCAAGCCAUACUGAAUUUAAAGCUGAUGAACAAACAAACAAUGAAAACACAUCGAGCAAGAACUUGUCGAAAUCGAACAUCCGCGAUCGCCUCCACCAAUGGGAAAAGGAAAAUACUCACGUCCAAUUCACGCAAGAGCCAAAUUCUAAUUUCACUUCUUCUCUAACUUUUGAUGAACAUUCUAAUCCUGUAACUCAUCCUUUUGUUGCGCACUUGCGCCUAGCGACAGUGCCCAGAGAAGAGACUGACGAUGAGAUUCUUCGCACAGAAGAUCAUGAAGAUGGUUUACUCGGCGUCAAACGAGACUUCCUCAUCCCUGGUGAUCUUGUGGACUUAAGAUUUGGUGGUAAUAAUAAUGAGCUCGCUAUAUUUGUUCAGCGACUUGAUAUUCAGUCUCAAUACUAUACCAUGUCGGGCCGAUGGCUACACCAACGUGGCACGGAUGUAAAUAUUUACUUUCCUAACUUUGUGAAAACAAGUGAGCUAGAUGAUUUACGACCAUAUUUGCCCAAGGAAGAUGUUCCCGUUGACCAGGAGGAUGCGCUGCAUGGAUUUGAGAAAGAGCUACCUCGGAACAUCGGUGCGCCACUACUACGAAAGAUGAAAGAUUUCUGGACACAAGCCAAUGCAGUAUACGAAGCAACCGCAUCAAAACUCGACGAAUCUUAUACAAUUGCUGCACAUCAAACUUUAUUUAGAUAUGCUACCAUCUCGGAGCUCGCAGAAAAAAUACUUUCUGGAAUAGUGCCGAGAAAUAAAGAUGGUAAAUUUCCGAAUCCCGCACUUUACGCACUUCAUCGGCGAAUCCAUAUUGAAAGUGCCGGAUUUACUUUAGCAAAUCUUCGGAAAGCACGAGGUGAGGCGCAAUAUGAAAUCACGCCACUUCAGCUUCGAAAAGAAAUGACCAGGGUCGUAUCCUACGUACGCAAGUACAAUGAACAUAUGCUCACCAGAGGUCGAUCGGAAAGACCUACCGAAAUAAUAAACUUUGCCAAAAGAGCACAAGACCUUAUUCGCCAGAGUCGGAAAAAUCGCCAGUUUACUGAAUACGGUAACAUUGGACCCUACACCGGAAGCGUAGAAGACCAGUAUAAUACUAGCCCACUUGAAAUUUUUACUGGUACGGACAGGGAGAUAGUUCGUUUCCUCGAGGUAUGGACAGGUUUGAACAGUCUUGGUGGUAGUAGCGGAUCUGCGUAUGACUCGACUGGCUCAACAAUUAUUCGCGCUACCAACGAAUAUAAUGAUCCUGAAACUCGACUAAAUCGGCGAACAGGGUGGACCCUUCUGAAAGAAAUCGGAGCAAUUUCCCCGUGGCAAACAGUAGCAGAAUAUGGUGUUAGGGCUCCAAACACUAGCUGCAGGAUACCACUUGGCCCUCGAUCUAUCAAAAGCAAUGCCGAUCCCAGUAUCGAUAAAAUGAGGCAUCUUCGAACUGACUGGAAAGACAUGACGAUAUACUGCAUUGAUGACACUAAUGCUAUAGAGCUAGAUGAUGGAGUCUCUCUGGAAGAGACUGAUUCACCUGAAGAGUUCUGGGUACACAUCCAUGUUGCAGAUCCAACUUCUAUCCUAGAUCCCCACGGUCCAGAUAGCAAAUACGCAGCAGCCCAAGGGAAUACUGUCUUUUUGCCCGACCGUAAAAUUCCUAUGCUUGAUCACGAACUUGUCAUGAAGCAUAUGAGCUUAGAUACUGGAAGGCCGUGCAUGACAAUAAGUGCGAAAAUAAGCACACGCGGUGAACUCUUAGACUCAAAAAUAAGUUCUGGCACAAUCCGAAAUGUUCUAUCUCUCACCCCAAAGGUAUUUGCCGAGGUGAACAACUCAGCUACCUUCUCUAGUACUCCGAUCGUCUAUACCCUUGGGCCAAAAAGAAAUAAUUGUCGCCCGAGCCGGAAUCUAAAAGAAGCAAACCAGUUAUCCGAAAAGGAAAAGUUCGAGAUCAUCACGCUCAACCGCCUUGGAGAGGCGAGAGUAUCGUUUUUACAAAAGAAUGGAGCUGCUUUCUUCCCGGUGGAACAGGACUCUUUGAGUAUUUACUUUAACGAAACUGGGCUAGCAAAAAAGAUUGACGGAAAUAUAAGACCUAACAAUGACCCAACAAUUGAAAUAACAGUUCCCUCUUCAUACCAGGAUUUUAUUGUCGGUCAUACAAAUGUCACCAAGACUUAUGGUGCAGCAUUAACAGCGUUUAUGCAACUGGCAGGCGAAGUAGCUGCACAGUGGUGCAGUCAGAGAGGUAUUCCCAUUCCAUAUCGUGUUGCACUAUUGCAACCAUGGGCGCAAAAUCCGCUUGAGUACCAUCGCCAAAACAUUCUACCCCUCGUAGAAAAGGGUGAAAAUAUACCUGAUGAGAUAAUCUCAAAUUAUUUGGCCCUCAUCGGCCCUGCUCACUUAUCAUCAGACCCUGGACCACAUCCAGCUAUGGGGGUUGAUGCAUACACCAAGGCGACAAGUCCACUUCGUAGAUACCUAGAUAUGGUUGUACAUUGGCAAAUAAAUGCUACUUUGCGGGAAGAAGCUCGUCUGAAUCGGUCUCUCGUUGGAAAUACACAAGAAGGCUUCCUUCCUUUCAGCAAAGCACAACUCAAUGCACUUUUGCCACACAUGAUUCGUUUAGAACGAUGGAGUAAAUUUUACCAGAAAGCCUCUAUCCAAGAAUGGAAGUGUCAAUUUAUUUUGCGCGCCUGGAAAUUUGAUCAAUUUAAGCUGCCUCAGCCGUUUGUAUUUGUGGCACGACGCAUCAUUACUGGUAGUAGAAGCUGUGUCUUUGGAGAGAUCACCUGCUUUGCUCUCAAGGCAUUGAUGGAAGUGCCUACAUUUAUGCCUCUGGAGGAGGUCAAAGAGGGCGAUAUAUUUGAGGUGGAAAUUCAAGAAUUAAACGUUCCCUCGCAGAAAGUCUUGGUGAAAGCGACUCGAAAAUUAACUCGUGAGGAUAUACCUAGGCUAGAGCAAUCUUCGCGUGUUUUGUCCUCCCAAUAG